ACGGUAUAAUAUCAUACUGGAUAAUGGAGCGUGAUUUAUUUAAAAUGUGUGCAUAUGUAUUCGCGCGAACCUUAAUAUCGCAUGUGUAUUUAAAAGUAUUAUAGCAUCUUGAAACACCCCUGUGAAACUCUGAGAUGGUACAUCCGGUAGAAUAUAAAGACAAGAACACACUGCCCAGGCGUAGGUCAGACAGACUAGGCUUUGUUAGAAAGGGAGAGGCAGACAGUAUUGUGAAACAGGUCUUUCCCGGCAGUAGUUUCUUUUGUCUUUCUUAUUAAGACUGCAGUGCUUCACAUGUAGGAAACACGAAAACAUGACAUCAAUUUAAAAUGCCAUCAGCAAGUUUAGGUCAGCACAUAACGCCAGGCAAAUUGAAGUUAGUCAACUGUAGUUAUAACUGUUAGGCGUCCGUCUUCAAAAUCGUGUGCCUCGUCGCUUUUAGCCUUUAAAUGUCGAUUAGACAGAUCGAUACGCUUAAGAUGCGCGUUUAGUGAACAUGACCGGCAGUGUGUGAGUAUAACUGUCGAGCUGAACUCGCCGACUCGCAUUCAAACCGGAAUAUAUUUGGCAUGUUUAUUUACAGUGUCCAUUUUGAUGAGAGUUUUAAUUUGAUGUCUUCUGAUGUAUUGUAGCCUGAAUUACAGACGGCGACUCCAUAUGAAUACGAAAGCUAGAUUUCUUUAGGAAUAACGUUAACAGACUUGAGCCAUGUCUUGGCGUCGCAGUGUUUAAGGGUUAGAUGAGGUUGAUGUGUUAAAUGUCUAUCUGGAAAACGAAUCAAGUGGUUUUAUACGAGGAGUUUUAAUCGUGGAGGAAAUAUCGCCCCUUUACUUUCAUUCUUUUAACUCGACGGUGAAGUGUGAAAACAAACACUGCCUCAUAUGUUACGAUAGCAAACACCUAAAUCUUUUCAAAAGGGGGUUAGCGAAGAAGCUUCUACGCCGAAUUAAUUUUUUUUUUGGCAAAUAAGUUAACCCACACAAGGCACAGAUUUAGGUUUAGAUCAAGAAAUCCUCUCUUAGCUGUGCUUUAGCUAGCCGGUGUGCUAGCAUUCACCUCAGCUCUCUGAAAUGUCGAAUAUCUCCAACGAAGCUGUGAUCUUGAUUAAAGAUGUAAAGGCUGGGUCGAAAAACCUUAAUAUCGUCUUUAUAGUUUUGGAAAUCGGUCGGGUGACCAAGACAAAGGACGGGCACGAGGUGCGUUCGUGUAGGGUGGCGGAUAAGAGCGGCAGCAUCGCCAUCUCUGUGUGGGAUGAGCUGGGCAGCCUCAUCCAGCCCGGAGAUAUCAUCCGUCUCACGAGAGGUUAUGCUUCCAUUUGGAAGGGCAGCCUAACACUGUACACUGGACGAGGAGGAGACUUGCAGAAAAUAGGAGAGUUCUGCAUGGUGUAUUCUGAGGUUCCAAAUUUCAGUGAGCCAAAUCCAGAGCUGCUAGCAAAAGCUAAACAGCAGAACAAGGCUCUGCAGAAUACAAUCCAUUAUGGUAAGGAACAGCGGGGAAAUUCUCCACCGAAUCCAAAUGCAGGUACUCCUGCACAAACAGGAAAUGGUACUGGGCCAAUAUUUCCCAAUAACAGUGCUGCACCUGUGUCUUGGGAUGCCAACUUUGGGGCUCCAGCAAGACCAAAUGGGCGUGUUCCAGGCAACGGGCAACUCCCACCUGCUGCACCCUUAGCGCCACCCAAACCCUCAGUUACCAUUAGCAAUGGCAGGGAUCCAAGAAGAGCUUCAAAGAGAUGAGAUAUUGACUGCAAAAUCCACUUCCCUGUUUCCACUACUUGCAUAGUCACGUCCACAAUCCAUCCUUAAAAUACACAAAACUGCCAUCAAAAUAACGAGGUUUGAUGCUAACGCUUUGCCAUCUGUGCUUUUUGCGUCGUCAUUUGCCAAGAACUGUAUAACAUUUUCUUGAUCACAAAAGGUUAAAAUUCAACUUCUUACAGUUAAUAUAUAUCCCUAGAGGCUGGCGUCCUUGCCACCCAUCGGGUGCCGAUUCUGUGCCCCACAGAUGUCUUGUUAAACUAUACACCCUACUUGAACACUUAAUGCACUUUCUUCUCUUAAUUUAUAGUGAACUCAUUGUCAUGUAAUUCAGGAAUGGUUAACGGCUGUUGUGAAUAGGCCAGGGAUCUGUAAUGCUAGUACUAGGGAGUCACAGUCCUGCAGAGUUUAGCUCGAACUUUAAAAAAAAUCUCACCUGCCUGUAGCUUUAGUAAGCCUAAAGACAUUGAUUGGCUUAUUCGGGUGUGUUUGAUGGAGCUGGAGCUAAAAUCUGCCCGAGUGUGGAUCUAAGUCAGAUGUUGCAGACCCCUGGAGUAGGGGAAUGGAACUUGAAAGUGACCGACUACUUUGAGUUCUGUCCUACCUUUGGCCAAAAACUUACCAGAAGUGACCGUGUAAAAGGAAAGGUGAUAGUUUGUUUGGACGUUUAGGAUUAUUUAAUUAGGAAUUAACCUUGAACAAAAUGUUGGGAAAUGAAUCCCUGUGGAUGUAUUGUAAUUGUUGAUAUUAUAAACUAAGGCAUUCUGCCUUUAUAGUGCAAUUCACAUUUUAAUAA